ACCUGUUUAGUCCUCCUUCCUCAUUCUGAAGGCGAUUUAUACUUUACACGGCUGGAUAUUUCUUCAGAUUGAUUCUCUGUAGGAGCUGAGACAUAUUGCCAGAGAGAAAUGGCUGAUAAUCAAGAAGAUGCUCCCCUGGCCAGAGGAAGUACUUCAGGCAGCCAUGAAGUCCUGAUCAACAAUGCGGGGCCUAGAGGAGGCUCCAACAGCCGUGCCCUGAAGAUUGCCGGCCUGACCACCCUGGCAUGCCUGCUGGUGGCCAGCCAGGUCUUCACUGCAUACAUGUUGUUUGACCAGAAGCAGCAGAUCCACACGCUGCAGAAGAGCUCUGAGAGGAUUGGCAGACAGAUGGCUCGCACCUCCCAAGGUGUUGCCCCAGCAAAGAUGGCCAUCCCCAUGAACAGCCUGCCUCUGCAGAUGGACUUUACCGAAGAUGACUCCAAAUCUUCCAAGACACCCUUGAUUAAACUGCAAGACACUGCCAUCGUCAGUCUGGAGAAACAAGUAAUGGAUCUGGUGAAGGAUGUCAGUCUGCCACAGUUCAAUGAGACCUUCCUGGCCAAUUUGAGGAGUCUGAAGCAGCAUAUCAAUGACAGCGAGUGGCAGAGCUUCGAAUCCUGGAUGCGUUACUGGCUGAUCUUCCAGAUGGCCCAGCAGAAGCCUGCAGGCCCCACCCCUCAGCCAGCCUCCAUGAUCAAGACCAAAUGCCAGAUGGAGGCAGCAUCUGGAGCGGGCAAGAUCGGCUCAUACAAGCCCCAGUGCGAUGAGCAGGGCCGCUACAUGCCCAUUCAGUGCUGGCACGCCACCGGCUUCUGCUGGUGUGUGGAUGAGUCUGGCAACCCCAUUCAGGGCUCUGCAACGCGUGGACUCCCUGACUGUCGCAAAGGUGGGUAUGGUCGCAUGAUGGUCGCACCAAGGAUGAUGCAGAAGACCUACAGUGUAGAGGAAUUAAACGCAAAAUAAGAGAAGCUGGAAGCAAAGCAUUUCUUCUUAUUAACACCAUCUUUGAAGACAUGUGAAACUGGUUAUUAAAAAUUGGACGCUGUUCUCUGAAUCGCAGCAGUUUAACUUCUCAAUAAGCUUCUCUUCCAUGUAAUCACUUCAUGCUAUUCAUUCUGCUUGAAAUCAAAUCAUUAGAGGCCUGUUACAUUAAUGCUUUUAAUAUGUUUUUCUUGGGUGUCAUGAUUUAUAUAGCAUAAAAUUAAUUAAAUUCUGUGAGGUUUUAUCAUGUAUUUGUUUGUGAUGAUUGCUUAAAUGGUCUGUUCACCAAAAUUACAAAAUAAAUGAAUAAAUUUGAGGUAUAGUUCCAGUUUCACCUGGUAGACAUUGAGUCAAAUUGUGGUUUUUGAACUGACAAAAGCAAUAUUCUCAUAAUUUUGGUGUACCUGCCAGUUAAAGGAUAGAGACAUGCGAGGAUGUGUUUCUUUUUUUUCUUUUAAAGUGUAUAGUACAAAGUGGAAAUAAAGAUUUUCCUUUCCAACAAUCACAUUAUUUGUCCCACUGUCUUUAGAUUGAACAACUGUUAAAGGUAUUAAUGAAAUAAGGCCUGAAUAAACAAACAUGAUUAGAUGCAAUGGCAUUGCUAACUAAGUUCUGGAUUUUGUGUUGUGUGUCUGUUUUUAGUUUCUCUACCUAUUAAGGCUCACUUGAAACUUAAAGGUUGAUGAACUGACAUUUUGCAGCAAAAAUCUCAUUAAAUCUGCAUAUUUAAAUUUUGCUUUAAAUUGGUAUAGAUUAAAGCUUUGCCUCCAUCUAGUACUUCUAUGAAUAUGCCAAAUAACCCAUUUCCUGUGUUGCUUCGCCGGAGCUUCCUCUACUGUCGUCUUGGCUAAAAAGACUGGUCAGCUGCCGAAUGAAGAAAUACAUUAUGAAAAUGUGUUUAAAGCUGCACUUGUUUUUUCUCAAUAAAUCUAAAAAACCAUAAAUGACAA